UCAAAUCUCAGUGAUGGAAAUAAAAUAAAAGUCUAAAAGACUUGAAGAAAUAACAAGAUAUACUUAGGUACAAUAGUCUCAGUGCCGAUUGUAGGACAACAAGUACUAGUAGUAUAGUAGUAGAUCUACGUACGACUACAACCGUAGACUACGAAAAGAACAGAACCAUGGGCCUUCGCCCAGACAGAUCUCUUGUCAACUCAAAUUUUGAAGGAUAUCGUCUGAGUAAUUCUGAAUUGCACUCUAUUAUCGAAUCGCAGUUAUCAUGUAAACCUCAAUGUAUCCAGUUGUCCGAGAAGUACUAUUCAUAUCAACUAGUUCGCACGUUUAGCACGUGGAAUUAUUUAGUUCAGGAUCCCUUCAGUGAUGGCCUCAGCAGCUAUUUCAUCGAUAGCGACUUCAAUGUUGUGCAUUGCUCUGUGGAUGAAGGCUCAGUGAGUACGACUGCUGUGCUGAGCAUUCCGAAGCCUCCUCUAAUAGAUUCCUCCCGCCAAUGUUGUCCACCGGCUAUCAUCUUCUGCAGCUUGCAAACUGCAGUCAUUAGUGAUGGCCACGGCAAUCUGUUCCUUGUCUCUCUUGCCAGGGAUAGUGGCAAUGGGAAGUGCCAAUGGUCCAUAUCUCAUUCAUACUCACAUGGCAGACCUCUCUUCUUGUUUGACUGCAUGGAGUGUUUGGAUGGCAGUUUGCAGUGUGCUGUAGUAGUAUUUGAUGAAGUAGAUGCUAGCACCAGUGUUUCCACCACCACGGCUGCUACUGCUAAUGCCAGCAGUGGGGCCGGUGGUAUUGCAGGCGGUACAGGUGAUUCUGGACAAUGUCGCUUUACGUUACAGUGGUUAGCUUUGCAGCCUGCCGUUGUGGACAAUGUGACUACGCUCAACUUACUUGUUUGCUCGGAAUUCUCCUCUCGCUCGAUUCCUUUCUACGCUUCUCUCACAUCCGACGGCAGCAAUGUGUUGUGCGUUUUAAAUGAGGGACGGCUGCAGCAUACUGCCAAUGGCAACAGCCGUGACAGUAGUCAAGGUACCUUAACAUCUUCUACAGCCAAUGAUACUGCGAUGGAAGAAUCGAAUGCCCCAGAUGGUCAGACUCCAUCUUGCCCUCAAACAACGCAACAGUGGGAGCAGACAUCAGAUCUUGUAACAGUUUCAUUCAACGUUGACAAGGAUGUGCGUUCACGCGACAUUCAUUUCAGUUUGAGUAGCUCGGGCGAAAUCAGUUUAGGACUCAAGGACGGCGAGUCCUUUCUCCGUGGAAACCUCAGUGAGCGUGUGGACAAUGAAGGAUCAGCGUGGACAAUUGAAAAUCAUGUGCUGGAACUAUGCUUAGCUAAGUAUCAAGUGGGUAAGCAAUGGUCGGCGAUCUUGAAAAACCCCAACAGUGCAAGUGAUAGCUCUGUGUCAGCGUUUCCCUUGCGGUCCGUUGAAAACCUCACCGCCGGAGAGAAAGAGAAGAUUCUUCGCCAGAUGGAGCAUAUGACAUCUGACAAGAUGGUGACGGAUGAUGAUCUCGCAGAGCAAGGCCACAUGCUGCAUCAAGAACUGGAAGAGUGCGAUAAGGCAGUGGAUGACGAUGUCCGAUACUUGAUGUGCUAUUCCAAAGAUGGACGGUUAUUACAGCAGACGAAUGUCACAUCCUAUCAGUGGCUGUUUAACGCUCGUCUCGCGUCCAGCCGUAUGCCAGCAGUAUGCCUUCGGUAUGAUGUAGAUGCCUGUGUAUGGCACACAGCGUCUUCAGCUGGCGAUGUUCCGACUACACCACCCCAUCCGGUGCCUAUGUACCGCCACGUUGCCACUUUCAAUGCUUUGGGUUACGUUGCCGCAUCCAAGCAGCAGAAGAAAUUCAUGACGUGUCCAAGUGACGCAUCCUACUCGGUCAUUUGCGAGUAUGCCAGGAACAUCUUUGUGUAUUACCCAGCUCCGGAGGCAUCUGCGGGAACACCUGCCAACACCGCCUUGCAGUCAAUCUUCAGUCUGCCAUCGCCAGAUGAGUCGAUUCUAGGUGUGGUUGCCAUGGCAAAGCAGCGCGUGCUGGUUCUCACUGACAGUCAUGUCUACUUGCUGACAUUUUGAGUUUGGACAGCAGCAGCAGCGCUUAGGCCAUAGGGUGAAUAGCGUUAAUACUAGGACGGAUGCAGGGGCAUACCCAAGAGGGUCAGCAGGGUGGGUUUUUAAGUUUUUACAGACCUCUAUUAUGCAUAGCACAUGUACAAUGUACCCUAAGAUGCAACUGCUCACAACCGCUAGUGCCCUUGAUCUUACUAUUGAAAAAAGGACCCUUGCAUUAUUGCACCUGAGGACUUUUGCAAGCCUUGUAUCGAAGUGCUGUUACUGUUGCAGAAACGAUGGGCACUUUGAGUUAGGUACGGUGAUUGUGGCGCAAUGUGCGAUAGUAUAAACAAUCUCAGGUUGGAAGAUCACGUACACAUACCUUAGUUUGAUCUUGAAACGUACUUGCCGCAGUUAAACUUUUAGUCCAUUUUAGAGUUUGGUUUGUGGCCAGUACCAUGUUGCUUCAGUUCAAGCCGGUCUUUGUGGCCAGUACCAUGUUGCUUCAGUUCAAGCCGGUCUUGGAACGAGAAGCAUCUUUUCAUGUACAUGUACCAGCAGCAUUGGAUAUCUGCAUCUGGUUUUUUUUAGGUUUUAUUGAGUUCACUUAGGAUGUUCUGUUGGUAUCUGUGAGCACUAGGUGAGAUUUCGAAGAACACCGUUGCUCAAUGUCAAUGACAAUUGUGCCAGGAAGGAACCCAUUAUCUCAUUUUGAGUAUGGUA